AAAAUUUCAAUUUGUGGUCAAUAUUUGUUUUGUAAUUGAUAAAUCCUUAUCAUUUUCAUUAUAUUAGUCUUAAAUCAUUAAUAAGUACGUAAUUAUAUGAUAAUAUUCAAGUCAGUAAUUAAUCUAUCGUUGUAUAGCUAAAUAUUUCAGCUGUAAUUCAAUUUUGUUUCUUUAACGCUACAGAAUGUAAUGUAACACAAACUAACCUAACCUUUGAUAAUCUUGGAAGAUAAAACUUUACACAAUAAUUGUAUCACCAUGGAAAAUGUUUUAAUACAAAAUAAAGUGAGGCUUUUAUUUGAAAAGAUUUCUGAUCCGAAUUAUGUUAUGAACAACUAUUAUGCCGACCAUUUCUUUACAAAAAUUAGAUGCGCCGACCCCGAAGUAUCUCAUCUUAGAACUUGGCCGUGUCUUGCUGAUCUUAUAAUAGAGGCUCUUAACCAUGCAGGUCAUUAUCAUAACACAGUCAAGGUAUUCCUUAUCAGGAUAUUGGGAGUAGUAGCUCAAGGGGAAGUAAAUUUUGCUAAAAUAUUCCCUAAAAAAGGUGAUGAAAUUGCUAAAGCUUUUAGUGAAAUUAAUUCACAAACCAUGGACUCAAGCCUGAGAGUUGCCUACUUGGAAGUAGCACUUGCUCUGGUGAACCAUAACUCUGGAGUCUGUUGGUUGUUAGAAAGUGGAGCCUGGAUGGAAAUACUCAAGCUUUGCAAUGAAAAACGAACAGUUUUUGUGGUCCGUCAAACUUAUAAGUUUGCUUCAUCUUUUCUCUGGAAAUUGAACAAUAUGGGUGAUGAAGCCAACGUCAAACUGGUACUGUUAUAUGUUAUGAGUCCAGUGACUGAUGUAGACUUAAUCAGAAUUGACUCAAUGACUAGCGAAGAGGAAGAUCUCCAUUGCAAAACUUUUGAACCGAUGCUUCAGAUACUGUUAGCUGUUGUAAGCAAUGAACACUAUAUAAAGACAAAUAAUAUUGUAAUAGAAUUCAUACUCAAAGAUGCAAAAGUCCCAACAUAUUUGUACAUAAUGCUCGAUAGAUUAAGAAGGGAAGAUGUUUCAAUGCUUAUCACAAAAUGUCUUUUUUGGUUGUCAAUUGGCAAAAUAUUUCUUGCUAAACCUCUGACAAGUAACAUAAAGUAUGACCGUGAAGAUUUCAUUGAACUAACUGUAACUUACUUCAAUACUAUACAACAUCUUAUUCAGAGGCGUUGCACAACCACAAUAUUUGAUUAUUGCAAUGCAUGUAAUUUAAUAUGGGGCCUUGUUUGGAAAAAUGAGAAGUCAGUAACUUGGGAACAUGAUGGUAAAAAAGUUGAAUUCCAAAAACAACUACUAGUUAUUUGCCUUGUUCCCUCUCUUGUGUAUAUAACACUCGGACAGAAUACUUCUCUAACGUCAUGUGAUAGAGUCAAUGAUUAUAUUUUUAAAGUCAUGAACAGUACCUGUGAACAUACAGCGCGCACAGCUUAUGCUUUGAGAGACCUAAUGCUGCAAUUAGAUACACAGUCGGUGACAUUGCAGAGUGUAAAAAGACUGACGUGUCUAAAGGACCAUUUGAAUGAUGAUCAAGCUAAUUUAGUUUUUCAAGCUCUGUUUUAUGUGCUUAAAGAAUAUGACCCCAUAGAUGAACAUGGAGAUAUGAAACAAGAAGUAAUUAAUGCUGAGGAUGAUCAAGAAAAAGUCCUUGUAAUGACGUAUGUCUUAGACACAUUGCUGUCGCUUGUUAAGAAUUAUAACAUAAACUGGAAAGAGAGUCUUGAAAUCAUAUGUUUACACACUGUUGUAUAUAAUAUUUUGAAAAGGUCCAAUCUUUCUUGCAAGUUUGUUGUAACAGCAUUGAAUGUUAUAAGUCUAACUGUGAAGAAAUUCCUGCCCCCGAAUCUGUCUCUGCUAAUGGAGUCAAAGCCUGGGUCGACUAUGCAUGAGUUAGGAAAGCUAAUUUACAUUAAGAUGCACGACAUGAACUGGGAGGUUCGCGAUUCAGCGCUUGAGCUACUUUAUGUCGUAACUGACAUCUCUUUCAUAAAAUUUCCUCCAUUUCAAAAACAAAUACUGUCAAACAAUCUGAUCAAUGUAGCAACUACCAUGGCUUUGAACGACCAUGAGUUUUAUGUGAGGGCAUCCGCUUUACGUUGUGUAGGCGCGGCGAGCAAAAUGAGCCCCCUGUGGGAGCACUUGAAGAUUGAAUAUCCUAACAUACAGGAACUGCUCCUAUCGAUUCUUGAUAAUAAUCCAGAAGGUAUUGUUCGCAAAGAAGCAUGCAGCGUACUCUGCGAUGUGUACCAAAAUGUUAAAAUGACGCAAAACUUCCGUGCAACUAUUUACGAGCAUAUGGUGUGCGCCGCCCUGAGUGAUUUUCAUUGGGAGGUCCAAGUAACUGCGCUAAAAUUUUGGAAAAUUGUGAUUCAGUCCUUCCUUAAUGACCAGGGUAUGCUUGAUGGCACAUUCCCCCCUGUUACAUUCUCAAGAGAAACCAGAAAAAUUGUAACACUCAACGAUAGAGAAAUUCAAAGAAGAUUAUCAAGAAUCCUCGAUGAACUCUCUUCUAUUGGAUGUCUCACAGUUCUAGUUAAACUUUUACACGAAGACACAGAAGUAGAUAUUAUGGAAGCAGCUCUUUCUAUUUCUAUGGAACUAUUGGAUACUUUAGAAAAGUACAAAGUACCUGAAAAUUUAAAACCUAAUGAAAAUGAUCCGAAAACAGUAGAUGAACUGUUAAGACAAAUCAAACUUGAUAACUUUGUUAAUCUCAAUGGUGAUGUUGAUGCAGCACAGAAUUUAGCUAAAGCGGAUAACGUUAUUGAAGGCAUUUUGAAAGCUGAUGAUAUUAAUUUAUUAGCAAACAUUUAUGAAAGGCAUAUGAGUUUAGAUACUGAUGAAACUGAAGUGAAAAAUCAAAUUAAACUAUUGAAAUUUGCAUCGCCAUAUCUAUUUGUUACAUUCCUUAAGAGUAGAGAUUUUAAACAGGUCAUAGAGUAUAAAAAAAAUUGGAAAGAUGGUAUCAAAAGUCUUUCAUCUUUGUUAGAUGAUGUUUUGGGUAUUUAUGAAGUCAACGAUGAAGUUAAUUCUUUAGAUUGUUACUGAGAUUAAUAAAGUUAAGUUUAUUAUUUCAUUUAACAUGGGAAAUCAUACAUUUUAUUAAAAUGUUAUUUUAUAAGUA